CUAUGAUAAAGUUUUUCUUCAAAAAUUCAGGACACUGUUAUUGUUCCAUUUUCUUUUACUCGACAUUUUAUAUGAAACUAAAAUAAUGUUUUAUACAUUUGAUGUUUGUGAACACUUGGUAUUUGGUUAAAAAAUGGUGAAGAAAAUAUUAUGCGAAUACUGUAAUAUAACUUUUGCUGAUAAUUUAUCAAGUAGAAAUUUACAUUUAAACAGCAACGCUCAUAAAAAAAACAGAAAAAAUUACUUUUCACAAUAUAAAGUAUUAUUUCAGACGCUGUAACACUAUUUCUUGACGAAAGCCAAAAACAAACGUGCCGACGAUUUAAAAAUUCUGGUCAGUGUCAAUUUGGAAUUAAUUGUAAUCAUUCACAUUACUCAUAUGAUCAAUUAUUACUUUUAAUCCAACAGGAAAACGAAGAAAAAUUCUAUAAACAAGCUCAUAAAAUAAAUUCAAUACCUUCAAUCAGUUCUUGGUUGAUAAAGUAUCAAAACAAUUUUGUUAAUAAAAAUAUAGAAGGAGAGAAUAAUUUUCAGAAUAUCAAAUUUGAUUUCCAGAACCAGGAUAUACCAUCUUUGAAACCAAUAGUUGAUGCUGAUAAAUUGAAGAAUAUUAAAAUAAAUACUUGGGUUAACUUCCAAGGAUGACCUCUUUAGUUCAUCAAAAAAACGGAACAGAUAUUAAUAAUUCAAUAACUUCAUCAGCGUUAAAUUCUAGUUCCAAUAUGAUUUUUUACAAGUCUGAAUUUUGUGAGCAGUCAGACAACUCUGCUCUACCUAAUAAUACAGUACAAAACUGUUUGACUGAUAAUCCUGAACUAAAUAUUUCUAUAAGUAAUGUAGUCACCAAUUUCAGUGUAAAAUCCCAUUUAAAUUUGCGAUACUUAGCACUAAAUGGUAGCAAUAUAGAAUAUAGACGAGAAAAUGGUAUGCUCACUAUGAAACUACGUAAACCGAGUGCAACAGCUACUAUUUGGUCAAGUGGUAAAAUUGCUUGUACAGGUUCUACAUCUGAAUUUCAAGCUAAAAUUGCUUCUAGACGCAUAGCUAGAAUUAUUCAAAGAUUAGGUUAUCAAGGUGCAAAGUUUAGCAGUUACAGAAUUGUAAAUGUUCUUGGGUCAUGUACACUGCCAUUUCCGAUCAAAGUUAUUCAAUUUUCGGAAAAAUAUAAAACAAUCGCUCAAUAUGAACCUGAAUUGCACCCAGGUGUAACAUUUAAGAUCAAAGAAUUAAAAGCUACAUUAAAAAUAUUUUCUACGGGUAGUAUUACAGUAACUGCUCCAAGUGUUACAAAUGUUCAUCAAGCAAUCGAGCAAAUUUAUCCUAUGGUGCUACCCUUUAGACGGGAUAAAACAGCUGAAGAUGAGAGAGUUAUCCGUAAAUUAAUGACAAAAAAAAGGAACUUCUCACAUAUUGAUGAUUUAUCAAUGUUUAAAUCAGAUAACAGUGUUAACAAAAGAAGCUGCGAAGGCAUAACCAUUAGUAAAGAGGGAGUUCACAACAGCUUAGAAAAUAAUAUUAUUAAAGAGGAAUUUGAAAAUGAUCUCUGAAAAUUAUUUCAGUUACCUUAAACUGGAAAACUAUACUCAUAACAAAAAGCAACAGUUUUAUUACAUUUAUAUUAAAAAAAACUAAUAAUUUAAAAGGACACAUAAUAAAUGUUUUAAAAGUAAAUAAUACAAAGAAUGUACAAAAACUAAUUUUAUAGUAAGCAUUUUACUUUAGCGAUAAGUUAAGAUGUUCUAGUUAACUAGUCCUUGUGUUUUACAAUAUAUAUUUAUAUAUACAUGUCAUGUGUAUAUUAUGAUUUUUUUUUUUUUUUUGUGUGUUAAUGUUCCUUGUUAGUUACAAAAAAUAGUUGUUUUAAGCUGUUUCCUCAUAAUUUAAUUUUUCAUGUUUCCCUAAUUACUGAAACAUUUUAAAAAGACUCCCCUUUAAUUUUCUCAUGGAUUUUAGUUUAUUCAGUGAUAAAGCAAUAAUAAUAAUUUUUAAUAUUAAAUAAUUUUGUAUAUGAUUGUGUUUUUCUUUUUUAUUGGUACAUUGGUUAUAGUAUUUACUAUUUAAAUAAGAAAACAUAAUUUUUGGUAAAUAAUUAAUAACAUUGAUUCUUCACUAUUAAAAUGUUAUGUAAAUGUUUUCAUACAUUUGAUGUGUGUUAGCCUAAAUAUUUUUUCAGUUGGUAAAUAAAAUUGAUUAUCGGUUUUAUUUUGUUCUAUUUAUUUGAAUCGGAUAAUAAUAUAAGUUCUAACUAAGCAUUUAAAUA